AUGACGCGCCAACUCCUCGCCACCAUCGCCGCCCUAGCCACCCUCGCCCAAGCCCAAACAACAACAACAAUCGAGGUCACCGACUCCUCAACCCAAACCAACCCCAUCGAAGUCUCCUCCCGCCCAACCGACGACGUCCCCAACCUCAGCUCCGCAACAACCACAUCCCCCGCAACCACCACAGUAAUCGACACCAACACCAUCCCCACCGCCAUCACAAGCUCCCUCCCAAUAAUCCCCAUCUCCAGCGUAACCAACACCAUCAACGGCAACAACACCUUCUCCUCCACACCCACCACCGCCACCACCGUCGUCGUCGAAACCCCCUCCGGCGGCAGCUGCGUCACCAUAACCCAACAAGGCGAACCCCAAUUCACCAUCCAAACCGACACGCUCCUCGAAACACCCUGCACCUACACCGUCUUCGCCGGAACAGACACCUCCAGCAUGUCCGGGAGUCUCACCUCGGACGUCUUGAUCACCACUUCCACCUCAGCCAGCGGAUCGACCUCGACGACACCGGCUUCCGACUCUACGUCCAGCGGCACGGCUUCUGGGACGUCGGCGCCGGCGACGCAGUCGGGGAAUCCAGCGAAUCGUGUUGCUAUGGGUGCGGAGGGGUUGGGUCUUGCUGCGUUUGUUGGGGCUUUGGGGUUACUUUGA